UGAUUUAGCAAAAUGUCUGCUUUACACUACAAGUCGACACUUUGGUGUCAUUUAAAAUGGCUGUGUCUACUGGUCGUCUUCAUACUACUGUGCGAAAGUGUCCAGGCCAAUCCCGAUGCAAAACGAUUAUACGAUGAUCUGCUCAGCAACUAUAAUCGUUUAAUAAGACCCGUUAGCAAUAACACCGACACGGUUUUGGUUAAACUGGGUUUGAGAUUAUCACAACUUAUUGAUUUGAACUUAAAAGAUCAAAUUCUUACGACGAAUGUGUGGCUAGAACACGAGUGGCAGGAUCACAAAUUCAAAUGGGAUCCUUCUGAAUAUGGUGGCGUCACGGAGCUGUAUGUGCCUUCGGAACACAUUUGGCUGCCGGAUAUUGUGUUGUAUAACAAUGCUGACGGUGAAUAUGUCGUGACAACAAUGACAAAAGCCAUUUUACACUACACCGGCAAAGUGGUGUGGACACCACCAGCCAUUUUCAAGUCUUCCUGUGAGAUCGAUGUGCGUUAUUUUCCAUUUGAUCAGCAGACCUGCUUUAUGAAAUUUGGUUCUUGGACGUAUGACGGUGAUCAAAUUGAUUUGAAACACAUUAAUCAGAAAAAUGACAAGGAUAAUAAAGUCGAAAUUGGUAUCGAUUUACGUGAAUAUUAUCCUAGUGUGGAGUGGGAUAUUUUGGGUGUCCCGGCCGAGCGUCAUGAAAAAUAUUAUCCCUGUUGUGCUGAACCAUAUCCUGAUAUUUUCUUUAAUAUAACACUGCGCCGCAAAACAUUAUUUUAUACCGUCAACUUGAUCAUACCCACUGUUGGCAUUUCAUAUCUAUCGGUUUUGGUGUUCUAUCUGCCAGCCGACUCGGGCGAAAAGAUUGCCUUGUGUAUCAGUAUUCUGCUCUCACAGACAAUGUUCUUUUUACUUAUAUCCGAAAUUAUACCCUCCACUUCGUUGGCUCUGCCGCUGCUAGGUAAAUAUUUAUUGUUCACCAUGUUGCUGGUAGGUCUGAGUGUUGUCAUCACCAUUAUCAUACUGAAUAUACACUAUCGUAAGCCCAGCACUCACAGAAUGGCACCCUGGGUGAGAUCAUUCUUUAUAAAACGGCUGCCGAAACUGCUGCUAAUGAGAGUGCCAAAUGAUUUGUUGAGAGAUUUGGCAGCGAGUAAAGUCAAUUAUGGCAUGAACUUUAAUAAGACCAAAUUUGGCAAGGCCCUAAUGGAUGAGAUGAACAUUAAUUCGGGUAAUUCAAGUCCUGACUCUAUACGACGCAUGCAGGGUCGAGUAGGCAAUGGACUGAACAGUGCCUCGGCAACACAUCGAUUCAGUGGCAUGAUGGGCGUAUUAGGUGGUGGUCUUAGCACUCUAAGUGGCUACAAUGGAUUGCCUUCUGUACUCUCUGGCCUAGAUGAUUCAUUGAGUGAUGUGGCACCGCGUAAAAAAUAUCCCUUCGAGUUGGAAAAAGCCAUACACAAUGUCAUGUUCAUACAAAAUCACAUGCAACGUCAGGACGAAUUUAAUGCAGAAGACCAAGAUUGGGGCUUUGUGGCCAUGGUUUUAGAUCGUUUGUUUUUGUGGAUUUUUGCCAUCGCUUCGUUAGUGGGCACUUUCAUGAUAUUGGGUGAGGCACCUUCCCUAUACGAUGAUACCAAACCCAUUGAUGUGGAACUAUCUGUAAUUGCUCAACAAAUUUACAAUCUAACUGAAAAGAAAUCCUAAAUGUUUUCAACUUCACAAAGCAAACAAAAAAAAACAUCAAUAAUUAUUAAAGCAACAACAACAACAAAUGGCAACCAAAUGUUAACAGUAAAAUAUUUAUAAUUUUAAGUAAACCACACACUGACACUCAACACAAUACAAUGCAACACAACACUAUUUAGAUACACUUCUUAAAACAACUUAAAUAUUAAAUAUUAACUAACACAAAAAUAAAAACAAAAACCAAACAAAAUUAACAAAAUGCCAAUAAAAAAAUGUUUAAACAAAAAAAAA